CCUACACCUAGGUAGGUACUUCAUACAAAAGACAAAUGCCAGGUAUCACAGAAUAAUAAACUAGAUAUUAAGAUCAUUACAAUGUCCUAUUAUCUGAGGUAGAUACACGAGUUGAAACGAGACAGACAUAAUACUAAAGUUCACACCAUUUGCCCGGUCAGGUAUUUUAUUAGGUAGGUAGGUAGUUUUCUCUUGUAUGCCUCAGAAUAUCCUUCCAUGGAUGGACACCUUCCUCAGGAAUCACACUAUUUAUUAGUGAAAAGAGUAUGAAAAACCGUGCAGUAGUUUUUGUGUUUAUCACAACAGACAGAUGCGGCAGCGAACUUUGUUAUUUUCAAAAGAAAUCUUCAAUAACAACAUAUUGAACAAUAGAUUAAACCGAGAUAGACGUUAUGAUUACGAGCAAAAAAGGAAAAUAAUAACGUUUGAAGAUUCACAUAUUUCCAAACCGAUAUUUAAUGUAAAUGUUCCACUAGACAACAGUCUGCAUUAUAUCAGCACACCUGUUCAGAGAGAAGGAACGGAAUCAGAGAACGCUUUGGCUUCAAGGGAGGGGACAUCUACACAGUUUCUUCAAUUUAACUCGAUACAAAAUAAUACCAUAGAGCGGAAUACUAAAGAUAGAAAUUUUACUUCUACUGAGAUAUGCAAUUUUAAGUCUGUACUAAGUGAUGGCAAUGAUGAAGAUAAUAUAAACCUUACUGCUGCGGAUUUACUAGAUUAUAAACAAAUACAAAAUGAGACAUUAGAAGAUCAUCCAGGAGUUUCUAGAUUGGAUUUUUUGAGGCCACUCGAUGUGAAUUCUGAAAAACUUACGUCUGAAUCUUUAAAUGAAAGUAUAAAUAUUUUUAACUUUGAACGUUGUACACCACUCCAUGGAAACAAACCCGGGAAGGACGUUUCGUGGAAUGAAAUGUUUGAUACGGAACUACUACCGGAUAUUAUUGCACCCGUUGUUGAAGAAAAAUCGAUCGCUGCACAGAAUGCCAUCGCAAACGAAAAACCUUUUAAAAUAUCAUUUCCUGAAGAUAUUAUUAAGGGUCCAGUAAUAAAUUCAAAGCAAAGCAAAAUCAAAAUUAUUGAAGAUAAAACAGAAAUAAAUUCGAAUCUGAAAUUUGUGAAACGCAAGAAAGAUGUAACAUCAACAAAAAAUAAAGCAUCAAAGAGGUUGAAAGAAAAUAAUGUAAAGCAAAAUAAAACAAAAAAGGAAAAAUAUAGAAAAACAGUUGAAAAUUGGCUAGACGGAGUGGAUCCUGAUGAUUGUGUGGAAGUAGGAAAAAAUGCCAUUACAAAGCCUAUCAAAUCAGGAACAAAAAUUAAAACAUUACAUAAAAUUGUGAAAGAUACUCUAGUUCCAAAGGAACAAAAUGUGCCUAAGAAAACUAUACAAGCUCAUUUAAAAAAUAAAGGAGGUAUUAUGAAAUUUAGCAAACCUGAAGUACUUAAAGAAGACACUAAUGCACCUGAAGGCACGGGUACAGAAGCUGUUAUCAAAGGGGCUAACAGAGUAAACGUGAAGAAAAGCAAACCAAAAUUCAUCGCACCGCUAAAAUCUCAGGUUCCUGUGAAAGAGAUUCAGUUUACAGUUGUAGUAAUUGAUGAAACCAACUGGUCAGAGCACAUUGUAAAAUUUGAAAAUUCGAAGUUUACUGAACUUUAUGCUGUUUUAAUGUUCAGCAAUGGUUUAUGCCAACUAAAUAAACAGUUUACGGAUGAAGAGUGUAUCCCCGAGGGUGUUAUGCUUCAUAUAGAUGAUGAAUUUUACUAUUUCAAAAAGACCGAGGAUAAAUUCAGUGAUAUCAUAAUAAAGUUUCUAGAAAACAAAAUCGUGGUUUGCCAGGAUGGAAAAAAUAUCCUAAUUUUUUUUAAACACAACUUCGAUUUUGUCGUCGAUAUAGUUAUCCACGAUGUAAAGAUCGGGGCCAGCCUACUGGAGCCGGAUAAUCCCGCGGAAACUUUCAGCGACCUUCAAAAGCUGAUGUCCACUACCCCGGACUAUAGCAUAGCCACAGAAUGCAAGCUGCAGAAGACCGCCUGGUACUUGACUUUGAUGCGGGAUUGCGCAGACAAACUGAAGGUGAAGCUGCUCGAGCAUUCUUUAUGGAGGUUGUUCGUAGAUAUUGAAAUGAAAGUACUUCCUAUUAUUGCUGAUAUGGAGUUUCGCGGCAUCCAUGUCAACACAGAGGAGCUCAAGUCCAUGGAGGGCAUCCUUCUGUCCCGGAUGAAGGCCGUCGAGAUGGAGUGCCACCGAGUGGCCGGCAAGACCUUCCAGAUGACGUCACCGACGCAGGUUGCCGCUAUCUUGUAUGACGAGCUGCAGUUGCAUGCCAAAUGUAAUCUUGUUGUUAAGGAGACUAUGAGCAAGGGAGCCAAGUCGACAUCAGAGUCUAUGUUACGUACCCUGGUGCCGCUUCACCCACUGCCAGGGCUGAUCCUGGAGUACCGGCGUCUUCACAAAGCACACGCUACAUUCCUAGCUGGAAUCGGGCAGCACGUCAAAGACGGCGUCAUAAAACCUAUUUGGGUCCAGACGGCAGCAGCGACAGGCCGCAUCGCCGCCAGCAACCCGAACUUGCAAGCCAUUCCCAAGGCUCCCUUCAGUCUCAGCUCCAACGCUGAUAAUACAGAAGGGGCUUUAAACCUGCGGUCAAUAUACAUAGCGCGUCCGGGCUGGCUGCUGCUGGCCGCCGACUUCAAGCAGGUGGAGUGCCGCGUGUUCGCGUCCGCCGCCGCCGACACCGCGCUGCUCGGGGCGCUGCGCUCGGCGGGCGAUCUGUUCACAGUCCUGGCUUCCAAGUGGCUCAACAAGCCUGAGCGAGACGUGAGCGCCGCGGACCGCGAGCGGACCAAGCGCAUCGUGUACGCGCGGCUGUACGGCGCCGGCGCACGCAAGCUGAUGGACAUACUAGACAUCACCUACGAACAGGCCUUGAGUGUUCAAGAUAGCUUCGACAGGACGUUUCCGUCAUUGAAGUCGUUCGGCGCGUCCGUAGCACGCUCGUGCGCGGAGGGCCGCGCGCCGCGCACCGCCGCCGGCCGCGCGCGCCCGCUGCCCGCGCUGCGCAGCGCCGACGCGGCCCAGCGUGCGCAUGCGCAGCGACAGGCCUUGAACUUCCUUGUGCAAGGUACAGCGGCGGACAUAUGCAAGAUAGCGAUGUCAAGCGCGCAGUCGCAGCUGAAAUCCGCCGGCAUCCGAGCUCACCUCCUGCUGCAGAUCCACGACGAGCUGGUGUGGGAAGUUGCCGAGGACCAGUUGGCUGCAGCCCACGCCAUAAUACGGUCGGCGAUGGAAAGCAGCGGGCGGGCGGCGGGGCUGGAGACGCUGCCGGUGACGGCCGCCGCCGCGCGCUGCUGGGGGCGCCUCGCGCCUGUCUGAGCCGGGCUGGGGCGCUGCUGGGGGCGCCUCGCGCCUGUCCGAGCCGGGCGGGGGCGCUGCUGGGGGCGCCUCGCGCCUGUCCGAGCCGGGCUGGGGCGCUG